AUGGACAGAAUAAAUCGAGUACUUGUGUUAAUUUAUGUGACUUUUAUAAUUUUUUUCUUUAUACAACUCAGUGAAACCAGUGAUCAUUCACAAGUGUAUAGACAGAAAAGAUAUUUGGGUUUUAGAAAUGUGUCCCAUUUCUUUAUUCGUUUCAACUUCAAAGCGAAUAUGGUCCCUUGGAAUCAGAUUUUCGCUCAAGCACUUGGCUUCCGGAUGAACUGGGACGAUCCUCCAGAUUCGUUUCGUCCCUACCAUAACCUUAACCGACGUGCUGUAUUUAGAAAUAUGGAAAUAUUAUUGGACAGAAAUGGCUUGAAUGGUUUCCAUUGCGUUCGUCGAUCGAUCUGUGAAGCUAAUGAUAUACAUGAACCCAAAGCGAUUUAUUUUAAAAUUCUCAAAAUUGUAUUUAGACAGCAGUCAUCUGAAACAGAGAAAUGGUACGGACAGACAGAAGAAGACUGUCAAGCAUCUACAAACAAAUGUCCGUUCUCUAUGCUUGAAGUUUCGCCGUACACUGAUAUCUAA